GAGCGUCGGGUUUGAAGCUAUGGCGCCAGGACAGCGGUUGGUCUUGUGCGAGGAGACCGUCCGGGAGCGCAGCGGCCUGGGUCCCCACCGGGACCUGGCUGAGCUUCGAUCUUUAUCUAUUCCUGGAACAUACCAAGAGAAGAUUACUCACCUGGGGAACUCUCUGAUGCGUUUGACAUCUCUAAAAUCCUUGGAUCUCUCACGUAACUCCUUAGUUAGUCUUGAGGGCAUUCAGCAUCUGGUCUUCUUGGAGAGUCUCAAUCUCUACUACAACUGUAUUUCUUCAUUAGCAGAAGUAUUUAGGCUCCACUCCCUAACAGAGCUCCAGGAUGUGGACUUCCGGCUUAACCCUGUCGUGAAAAAUGAGUCUGACUAUCGCCUGUUUGUUGUGCACAUGCUCCCUAAGCUCCGACAGCUGGAUGACCGUCCUGUGAGAGAGAGUGAGCGAAAGGCUUCUCAGCUUCAUUUUGCUUCAGAGAAUUCACUGGACUCAAAGCAGAGCUUCUCGGCUGCUGUAACAGCUGGAAGACCACACCACUCCAGAACCAGAUGUGCUGAUACUUCAGCUAAGAAAUGCUUAGUUAUGGAUGCUGAUGAUGAGGCUGUCCUGAACCUCAUUGCUGAGUGCGAGUGGGACCUGAGCAAUCCUCCUGGGAGCACGAGCUCCAGCCAGAAGGAACACGAGGCUGACCUCCAUUAUGCCCAAGAGCCUGGACAUCUGUUGAGUCCUUUGUCCAUCCAGCACCAGUGUGGGGACUCAGCGAGGAGAGGCCACGAGAAGAAGAAAGGCAACCCCAGAGGGUGCUGUUCAGGCCAUUUAUCUCAGAACCAUCUCUGUGGGGAGCUCGCCCCACAGCACGGAGUGCCAGAGGCCUGCCAUGUGAACAUGCAGCAAGCCCGCUUCACUGCGCACCCAGACUCUGUGGAUGUUGAGGACUGUGGUUCAUCUUCUCAGAAGUCAAGUUUGUCAUCACAAAAUAUAUUAAAUCCUUUGCCUGUUCCUGAGAAGUACAGAAAGCGAAGGAUGCCUGGUGGGAGAUUCCAGGUGCCUUCAGACCUGGAGUGUCUGAGCUGCUUAGAGAGGCCUGAUGGGCCCUCCGGCCUCGAGGACAGUCUGAGCAUACAGGAUGGCUUGGAGAGCCACAGUCAGGUGACCAUGUCUCAUCCUGAGGCUUUGGAGGCUGAAGAGCAGAUGUCUCAUGGCACAAGUGACCCCAGAGUGCUGUCUCCUAAACUCUGCUCGGCGGUGGUGCCUGAGCAGAGGCCUGCUCUGGAAGUGGCACUCCUGGAGGCGCUCCUCGACCUAAUAGACAGGUGUGCAAGCGGCAGUGGAUCCCUGCAUGGCAAUGAGGCAUUUCUUGCUCAGGCCAGACAUGUUUUGGCAUCUCUUCAAGAGUUCACAGUGGCUCGGGACAGUUCAGCACUUGAAAAGGAAGGAAUUAGUUACCUGUCUCUUGAAAAUAAGUCCCUGCAAAGCCGCCUUGCUGAGCAGCAGCAACAGUAUACUGCCGCAGUGAACAAGGUGACAGCAGAGCUCAACAAUUCGAAGAGGGAGCUGGACACAUUGAGACAACAUUUAGACAAAUCUUUAGAAGAGAAUAGUAACUUAAAAUCUCUUCUGUUCAACGUGAAAAAAGAAGUAAAAAACUCAGACACUUCAACUGCAUUAACUUUGCAGAUCACUGGACUUCAGGCAAGUAUGAAGCAGCUCUCAGGGGAAGUUGUGGAGCUGAAGCAGCACUUGGAGCACUAUGAUAAGAUCCAGGAGCUCACACAGAUGCUACAAGAGAGCCACAGUUCCCUGGUUAGUACGAAUGAACAUCUCCUGCAGGAGUUGGGCCGAACCCGGGCACAACACAGAGCUGAGGUAGAGCAGAUGCACUGGAGCUUCCAGGAGUUUAAGAAGACCACUGCCCUGUUCCCGCGCCAUAGUUCCCGCCUUGGUGGCCGCCAGUCUUGCUAACUGUUCUCUCCUUCAUCAGCUACAGCUCCAGAGUUGCACCUGGGCAUGCAUCUAUCUGAAUUCCUGGAGAGACUGUAAUGACCUUAGGGUCCUCCAGAUGUGUUCAUGGUCUGAAGUUCAGCUUGCUUAACGUGUCCUAACGUGGUAAAGUCAACCCUGGGGCUUUGCCAUAUUUGAAACACAUCCUGUUGUAAAGUAGUAUUUUUUCUUCCUAAUUCAUAAAAGUUUUAUAUAACUAAGUUUUCAUGUGACAAGCAGUCCUUAUUUAAAGAACUAAUAAUAUUGUUAUGUUUAAGAAGUAAACAUUUUAUGUGGCUCUUUAUAAAUUAUAACUGAUUUUCUCAUUGAAUUCUUCAAUAAAACAAGUUACAUACAAUAAGUAACAGUAAGAAAUAAGUUCCAAGUUGUAAUAAAAAUAGCACUUAUAAAUAUGAAAAACACUUUAAGAAUUUGUAUAAUGUUAACAUGUCAUAGUUAAAAAAAAAUCUCCUCACUCCCUACUUCACCCUUUGCUUGCAAUAACUCCUGCAAAUAAGCAGACUAUUCAGCCAAAAGCGAGGGGAAUAAUUAAAUGCACACUGUACAAAAUGAAACCCAGAUGACUGGAUAUGUGAAGAGUGCUCAUUAGAAAAGGCAAAGUUAAUCCACCAGGAAGAUGCUCCUUCUGGUGUGAAGCCCGUUCAGACAGUGCCGGUGCUGCCAAGUACGGUCACUCUGGGGACUGCUGGGGUUGUUUGAAAAGCUAUUGUGAAUGUGCUGAAGGAAACAUGAAC